AGUGAUGGAGGUGGCAUUCAACUUCAUUUCUUUCGUCUUCUUUCUUUCUUUUAUCAUUUUACUCCACACACAGUGGAGGAAGAAGGCAAAAACCCGCCGGAAAGAGCCACCAGGGCCGUGGAAGCUUCCGAUCAUCGGAAACUUGCACCAAUUGUCAGCCUCUUCACAGCAACCCACCCACCGUGUCCUGAGAGAGUUGGUAAAAAAAUACGGCUCCCUGGGCAUGAUGAAGCUUCAAAUAGGAGAAAUUAAUGCUGUGGUGGUAUCGUCGCCGGCGGUGGCUAAAGAGUUGCUAAGAACCCACGACCUAACUUUCGCGACCAAGUGGCAGUCUCUGGCCAGUAAAACACUAUUUUACAAUGAUUUGGGCGUUGUUUUUAGUCCGUACGGUGAUUAUUGGAGACAGUUGCGAAAAGUAUACGCCAUAGAGCUCCUCAACGCUAAAAAUGUCCGGUCGUUCAGUUCAAUCAGGCACGAUGAGAUCCAUUCUCUAUUGGCCAAUGUCCAUUCAUCAUCCGGCCAGUUGGUGAAUUUCACUCACAGAAUCUUCUUGCUUAUGUCUUCCAUUAUAUGUAAAUCUGCAUUCGGCAAGGUAUUCACCGGGAGAGAAGAGUUCUUAGAGCAAAUAAAGGAAAUAUCAGAGUUGUUGGGUGAAUUUGAUUUUGCCGAUGUGUUUCCGUCUUGGAAGGUUCUUCACGGCCUGUUCAGCAACAAGAAGAGGAUCAUGGAAACUCGCCGUAAAGUAGACGAAAUUAUUGAAAACAUCAUAAAAGAGCACAGAGAGAAGGUUGGAAGUGGUGAUUGUUUAAUUGAUGUCCUCAUAACACAAAUGGAUAGCGGUGGCCUUCAACUUCCCAUCACUCAUGACACCAUCAAAGGCGUAAUUGUUGAAAUAUUUGCAGCAGGAAGUGAGACAUCAGCAUCAACAACUGUGUGGGCAAUGUCGGAAAUGAUGAAGAAUCCCAGGGUUUUGGUCAAAGCACAGGCUGAGGUGAGAGAAGCUUUUAGAGGGAAAGAGAAGUUGGAGGAGGAAGACAUGGAGGAUUUAACAUACUUGAAAUCAGUGGUGAAAGAAACUUUGAGGUUUCAUCCUCCGAUUCCCGUAUUUGUCCCCAAAGAGUGCAUGGAAGAAAGUAUGGUGUGCGGAUACACCAUACCUCUGAAAUCAAAGGUAUUGAUUAAUGUGUGGGCGAUGGGUAGGGAUCCUCAAUACUGGGAAGAUCCAGAGAGCUUUAUACCCGAGAGAUUUGAGAAGAGUUCAAUUGGAAGGAGGAUAUGUCCAGGACUUGGGUUUGGUUUUGCCAACGCUUUGUCACCUUUAGCACACUUGCUAUUCCACUUUGAUUGGAAGCUCCCUCCUGGAAUUACUGCAGAUACAUUGGACAUGACGGAGAUAAACGGAAUAGCUGUAGCAAGAAAGAAUGAUCUUUUCUUGAUUCCUACUCCCAUCCAUGCAUCUCCAUCUUGUUAAGUAAUAAUAAUCCCACCUACCUAGCUAGCUUGAUGGCUGGGAUAAUCUAUCUUUAGUAUUGUUUUACAAAACUGGUGCUGAAUUUAAGCAGAUUAUAGAUUCGCUGUUUAUGACUUUAUGUUCAAACAAGGAUGUCGCAUGUUGAAAGUUGCCAAUUAGAAUGGAGUAAUAAAAUACUUUCAGACAAGAAUUCAAUUUUAUUAUUAUUAUA